AUGAAUGAAAAUCAAACUGAAAAGUAUUAUCAUGGUUAUUUAACGGUGGACGACAUUCAACCAUUGCUAAAAAAUGAUGGUGAUUUUCUGAUCCGGAAAACUAAUUAUAAAGAUAUAACAACUUUAUCACUUGAUGUAUGCACAAAUAAAGGGAUAAAGCAUUUUAUAAUUAAUCAAGAUAAAAAGGGUGAAAUUUAUAUUGAAAAAAAUAAGAAAAAGUCAAUUGCUGAAUUGAUUGAAUGGCAUUUGUCAACAAAAACACCUAUUACAGAGCGUAGCCAAAUAGUCCUAAAAAAAGGCAUUACAAGGCCUAGUUGGCUUUUAAAAAAGGAACAAAUAAAAAUGAUUAAAAAACUUGGCGAAGGAGCAUUUGGUGAAGUUUAUUGUGGUGAAUAUAAAGAUGUAAAUGAUCACGUGCAUUUAACAGCAAUAAAAACAAUGCAUGAUAAUGCUUCACGUAGAGCACGUUUUAGCUUUCUUAAAGAAGCGCGAAUUAUGCGCAAAUUUGAUCAUCCAAACAUUGUGCGCAUUUUUGGCGUUGUUGCUGAUGAAGCACCAUUGCUUAUAUUAAUGGAACUUUGCGAAGGUGGAUCAACACUUUCAUUUUUGCGAAAAAAUCGUGGAAUGAUUGUACCACAAUUAAAAAUGCGAUUUAUAACUGAAACUGCUUCAGGUUUAAAAUAUCUUGAGCAAAAGAAUUGCAUUCAUAGAGACAUAGCAGCACGAAAUUGCUUACUAACACGAAAUUUUCAUAUUAAAUUAAGUGAUUUUGGUAUGUCAGAUGAGAAAACGCCAAUUCAGGACAAAAGCCUUGACAAAGUACCAAUUAAAUGGCUUGCGCCAGAAACAAUGCAAAAUCGAAUUUAUUCAACUAAAACCGAUGUAUGGUCUUAUGGCAUAAUGGUAGGCAUUUGCUAA